CAUAUCGCUGCCUUUUCUAUGAUAGGAAUGCGCCAGGGCAACGAUGUUGGAACGACCUAUCGAUCAGCGAUCUACGCAUACACACAGGAACAACUCUCCGAGGCAGAGCGCUCCAAGGAUGAAUAUCAGAAGGUGCUGACUGAAGAGGGUUUCGGAGCCAUCACCACAGAAAUAACAAUGGCCAAGGAGUUCUACUAUGCAGAAGACUAUCACCAGCAGUACCUCAGCAAGAACCCCAAUGGCUACUGUGGGCUGGGCGGCACAGGGGUCUCCUGUCCAAUAGGGCUGAAGAGUAAACAUUAACACCCUUCUCCUGUCCUGUGACUGGACAAAUGUAUAUUAACAUGCCUUAACUAAAGCAAUCAGUGCUGCAAUACCCAGGCCUAUAUGUCGUUGUUGGAUAUAAAUAAAUAAAAAAAAGAGAGAUUAUAACGCAACUGACUUAUAAUGGUUUUUGUAUGUGAGUGUGUCUGUGAUCAUUGCAUUUGAUUACAAAACCAAGUGACAUUUUCUAUCUAAUGCAAUGACAAGUAUACAUUUAAAGUUUCAAUAUAGAAGAGGAAGACACUUCUUGUUUACGACAGGCAGGAUUAUGUGUUCACGAUCCAUCUGUCUAUUCCAUUCGCAUACAUAUCUAUUCAUCCCACCAUCUGUCCGCUACCUACUGUAUGCGUUUGGUUCUAUCCCAGCUGCAAGAACAAGCGCAGUCGUCCCUCUCUAAAAGUGUCACCACAUAUUUCAUCUCCUCAAUUAAGGCUUGACUGCAAUCCCACACAAACAAACACAGCCUCUUGCAUUCAUACAGUGGAAUCUGUGUAUGUUUUACAG